GGAAUGUUGCUUUCCUUGGGAAAGUUCAUCGAGGAAGCAGUACUGUCGGUGUCCGUUUGACCCUGGCUGGUGCCUGGGCCUCCUGGCUCCUCUUGACUAUUACUGACAAGUGCCCAUCAAAGAGCCUGGAGGCAGGGAAGAGCCCAGAGGAAGGCGAGCCGGGGCAGGACCGUCUCGCCACACACCACGUGCUGUGGAGCCCGGCCAGGGUGCAGUUUGCAAAAUGAAAUAAGGGCUGUCUGGGGAGGUUUAUGAGGAUUACAUGUGUGCAGAGUAUGUCAGUUCUCCAAGGUGUCACUCUAAACACGUAAUUUUCAAGCACCACUUUCUUCGCUGAAUCUGCAGGAAGGCAAAAAACCUAUUUCUCUUAUUACGGAGCAGACAUCCCAAUUGGGAAUGGGCUGAAAUCUGUACUUCAUUUGUACAUAUUGAAAUUUUAAAAGGCAGAGAGAGCAAGGUCUAGGGAAGCAGUAUGCUAAUGUGUUGACAUCUGGGAGAAAACAUCUAUUGGCUAUUCCCGAUGCAGCUCAAUGUUAAUUUAGGCUCAGUGUGGUUCGAGUGGAAGGGAGAUAGCUUUAAGGGGUUCUUAAAACUAUUUGAAGAAGGUGUGACAUUUUGCUGUCAAUCACGGAAGUCUCUCCGGAAGGCAGUUUUCACUAACGAUUACUCAUAACCAAAUAUGUAGGAGUUCCCAAGUCUAGAAUCAGAAAGAAGAUGGUGCUUCUCUUAAGGAUCUUUUGGACAUCUCGGAAAUCAAAUAGAACAAAAUAAGGGAUAUAACUUUGAAUGUAAACUUCAUUUUCUCCAUUGGAAGCGUUUCACAAGGAAAGGUUACGAGAUAGUAGAUGUGAAAUGAUGCUGCAUUUAUUGAUUUGACAUUUACCAUGUGUUGAUGUCCAAAAGGACAUGACUAGCCAGAUGAAUCUCUCUAUAAACUAUGUCGCAGCUUUGCUCAUUCCAGAUAGUUGGUUCAGGUGUCGGUGGAAAUGUGGAACAGAGGCCAAGAAACUUUGUGUGCGCUCUUAUUUUGGAAGGAAUGGUAGUAGUACUUUACUGUUCUUAAGAGGAGGGAAACCCACACAAACAUCUAAUACAAACAAAUGAUCUUUGAUAUUAUCAGAGAAAGCCUGGAGCUGUUUUUCUUGCCAGAUUUAAGGCAUUGCUUGUCAGAAGAGGAAAUCUCCCAAGGAGCAGGUGCACCAUUAUAAGAAACACAAGGGGAAUUCUCUUUUAAAUGCAAAAUCUAAUUGAAAAGCAACAAGAGAAUCAGUGACACUCUUAGAAUAGAAGCCUUGUUUUUGGCAGUCAGUCAGGUUACAGUUGCAAACCACAUAGGAGAAAUAUGUGUCUUGGGAGAACAAUAAUAUCCUGGUGAAAAUCAAACAAUUGCUUCUGUGAAACUUUUACCCUCAUAUAUUUGUUUCCUUGUGCACCUUUGAUUGAUAGGCAUAUCUCGUUACAAGGAGUAAUUUACUGAAAAUGAAUCAAUAAAUCGGUAAUUUUUAUGAUAUAUACUUUGAAUGAUUUUGCACUGCACAUGGAUGAAAUAACUAGAUUUCAUUUUUUUAUGGUUUGCAUCUUUGCUCUCUUUUAAGCUUUAAAAGUUAAUGAUCAAGUUAUGUGUUGAAAUGAUGACUAUGAAUUGGUAAGACUGAUGGCUAGGCCCUGGACAAACACUAAUUGAUCCCUAAAUAGUUAUAGUGUAUUCACUUUGUGCAUUUGUGGCAUAUAAAAAUAUAAAAUACACAAUCUCUUCACAAGGCUCUUGGCAAUAGGACACAUGAAAGAUACUUUAUGAUCCAGCACCCAAGAUGCUGAAUAGUAAUUGGAAAGGAGUUCUGAGGAGAAAAUGACCAAACCGGCUCAGAUGUUUUAUCCGUUACAGUGUCGCUGCAUAACCAGUCACCCCAAAAUGCAGUUGCUUAAAGCAACUACGAAAGCUCAUGAUUCUAUGGUCAGUGAUUUGGGCUUAGUUCAGCUGGGUGGUUCUUCUGCUUUUCUUGACAGGAGUUCCCUCGGGCAUCUUCAGUCCGCUGGCUGGUGAGCUGGUGGCAGGAUGAUCUGGGAUGGCUUCAGUUACAUCUGGCAGUUACCGUGCUGUUAGCCAGGUUAACAGGUGACCAGGACAUGUACCUCCCAUUCUUGAGCAGAUGAGACUGGGCUUCUUUACAUGACAAGCACUGUACCAAGAGCAGCAAAAAAGGCUUUUAUAAGUAUUUGACUUUACUCAAAAUGUGCAAAGAGGAAUAAUGGAAGCGCCCGAAUACCUUGAUUUGGAUGAGAUUGACUUCAGUGAUGAUAUAUCCUACUCAGUCACGUCGCUGAAGACCAUCCCAGAACUGUGCCGAAGAUGUGAUUCGCAGAGCGAAGACAGAUCAGUUUCUAGCUCGAGCUGGAAUUGCAACGUGUCGGCUCUCAUGACAAACACGCAAAAGCCCACAGGAAUCGCAGAUGUGUACAGUAAGUUCCGUCCUGUGAAGCGAGUUUCCCCGCUGAAACAUCAGCCGGAGACUCUGGAGAACAAUGAAAGCGAUGACCAGAAGAACCAGAAGGUGGAGUACCAGAAAGGGGGUGAUCCCGACCCAGGCCCCCAACCCGAGGAGCUCAGCCCUGGAGAUGGAGACAGUGGUCCGCAGAGUAAGAGCACCGAGCCCAGCACCUUGCUGGGGGAGCUGGAGCAUUAUGACCUUGACAUGGAUGAGAUUCUGGAUGUGCCUUACAUUAAAUCCAGUCAACAGCUUGCCUCUUUCACCAAGGUGACUCCAGAGAAGAGAAUUUUGGGUUUGUGCACCACCAUCAAUGGCCUUUCUGGCAAAGCCUGCUCCCCCGGAAGCGCUGAGAGCUCACCAGCCAACCUGACACCGUUCUGUGUUCUUUCGCCCGUGAAAAGCCCUCACUUGAGAAAAGCGUCCUCGGCCGUUCGCGAGCAGCAAAAGCUCUCCGGGGAAGAGUCUGAGAGCUCACCGCCUCUGGUGAAGUGUGGCUCUGCAUAUGAGCCCGAGACCCAGACUAAGGACUUCCUCAUCAAGACCUUUAAUGAUCCUCCGAGUCGAAAACGCGAGAAGGCAACGCCAGACGGCCAGCUCAGGGCCUUCCAUCCUCAGCCUGCAGCCGCAGAACCCAAACUAGAAGAACCGAUCGGGGGCGUGAACUGGACCAGCACCCAAGGCCCAGAAGAAAGGAGUGAGUACCUGAAAAAAGUGAAAAGCAUCUUGAACAUCGUUAAGGAAGGACAGAUAUCUCUCCUGCCACACCUCGCUGCCGACAACCUAGACAAAAUUCACGACGAAAAUGGCAACAAUCUCUUACAUGUGGCCGCAUCGCAGGGACACGCCGAAUGUCUGCAGCACCUCACCUCUUUGAUGGGAGAAGAUUGCCUCAGUGAGCGAAACAUAGAGAAGUUGACUCCAGCGGGCCUGGCCAUCAAGAAUGGUCAGUUGGAGUGUGUCCGUUGGAUGGUGAGUGAAACCGAAGCCAUCGCAGAGCUGAGUUGUUCUAAGGAUUUCCCAAGCCUUAUUCAUUAUGCAGGUUGCUUUGGCCAGGAAAAAAUUCUUCUUUGGCUUCUCCAGUUUAUGCAAGAACAGGGCAUCUCCCUGGAUGAAGUGGACCAAGAUGGCAACAGUGCCGUCCACGUAGCCUCCCAGCACGGCUUUCUCGGGUGCAUCCAGACAUUGGUGGAAUAUGGAGCAAACGUUACCAUGCAGAACCAUGCGGGGGAAAAGCCGUCCCAGAGCGCCGAGCACCACGGGCACACGCUGUGCUCCCGGUACCUGGUGGUGGUGGAGACCUGCAUGUCGCUGGCCUCCCAGGUGGUGAAGCUAACCAAGCAGCUGAAGGAACAGACAAUGGAACGCGUCACAUUGCAGAACCAGCUCCAGCAACUUCUGGAAGCCCAGAAAUCAGAGUCACUCCUUUCUUCACCCAGUUCACCGUCCUCCCCAGCUUCCAGGAGGUCCCAGUGGAAAUCUCCAGAUGCGGAUGACGAGUCUGUAGCCAAAAGCAAACCUGGAGUCCAAGAGGGGCUUCAGGUUCUUGGAAGCCUGUCAGCAUCCAGCCGGGCCAGGGCCAAAGCAAAAGACGAAGAUUCUGACAAAAUCCUACGCCAGUUACUGGGAAAAGAUAUCUCAGAGAACGUCUGCACCCAGGAAAAGCUGUCCUUGGAAUUCCAGGAUGCUCAGGCUUCCUCUAGAAACUCCAAGAAGAUCCCUGCGGAGAAGAGGGAACUGAAGUUAGCUCGGCUGAGGCAGCUGAUGCAGCGGUCCCUGAGUGAGUCCGACACGGAUUCCAACACCUCUGAGGACCCCAAGAGCACACCUGUGAGGAAGGCCGACAGGCCCCGGCCGCAGCCCAUCGUGGGAAGUGUGGAGAGUGUGGACAGCGCAGAAAGCUUACAUCUGAUGAUAAAGAAACACACCUUGGCAUCGGGACGUAGGUUUCCUUUUGGCAUCAAGGCCUCCAAAUCUCUGGAUGGCCAAAGCCCAUCCCCCACCUCAGAGAGCAGCGAACCUGAUUUGGAAUCCCAGUGUCCUGGCUCAGGGACCAUUCCCCCAAGCCAGCCCUCUGGAGACCCCGCUCAGCCCAGCCCUAACAGCACUGCUGCCCAGAAAGUGGCCAUGAGCCCCAAGAGCGCCCUCAAGUCUCCAUCUUCCAAGCGCCGGACCUCCCAGAACUUGAAACUCAGAGUUACCUUUGAGGAGCCUGUGGUGCAGAUGGAGCAAACUAGCCCUGAGCUAAAUGGGGAGAAGGACAAAGAUAAAGGCAGGCCCCUCCAGAGGGCCUCCACAAGUAGUGAAUCGGGGGACCAACUGAAAAGGCCUUUUGGAACCUUCCGGUCUAUCAUGGAGACGCUCAGCGGCAACCAGAACAAUAAUAAUAACUACCAGGCGGCCAACCAGCUGAAGACGUCCACACUGCCCUUAACCUCACUUGGAAGGAAGACAACAGACCCCAAGGGAAAUCCCGUGAGCUCUGCUAGCAAAGGAAAGAAUAAGGCGGAGAUGUAUGGCAGCUGCAUCACCCUUUCUUCUAACUUGCUGACCGAAGAGCCUCUGCAUAACCAUGCACGGCAUAAUGACAUCAAUAGAAAGAUGAAGAAAUCCUACAGCAUAAAGCACAAUGCUGAGCCAGAGUCAAAAGAACUCUUCUUGUAAAUCACUUUUUUCUUAUCUCUCAUUGCCCCCCUUUGGACACCAUUGGAAAUUUCUGGACUAUCCACUGUGGAAAUAGAAUCAUGAGAACCAAUGCCUCACCAGCAGAAGAACAAUAUCAGGAUGCCUUAAAUUUAUAGUAGUAGACUAUAUAAUACACAUUUUUGGGUGAUAUUUGUAUAUAGAACUUGUUUCUAAAGAGAUGACGUUUAAAAGCAUGAUUGGGCCAAUGUAUGUUUUUUAAGAUUGAAUUGGUUCAGCUUACCCACACAAUGUCCACCUAAAGCCACUGGCACCAUCUUGUCUUUCGUCAGUUGCAUGAGUGUUUGCUAAUGUUGAUUGAACUUUCCUUUCCCAGUAAAAUGGGCAGUUUGGGCUCAGCUCCUCAAUGAGACCAGGUCAGUGGUAUUGUUUUCUGUCAAGAGUGUUUUUUCUGUCAUUUCUACUUUUUGUAUAAAGGAAAUAAAACAAUGUUAACAGCA